GACCUCUGAAUUCUUUGUCAAACAGCAACGCAAACUCAAACUCAAACUGCAACUGUGUUGACUGAUCGGAUUUGAGUCGUAGAACCCAACAAUGGAGGAGGAGAAGAGCAACACAACUCUGCAACAAAGCGGUUCUGUUCAUCUCACAAAACCGAUUCGUUGCAUCGUCAAACUCGGAGGUGCAGCAAUUACUUGCAAGAAUGAAUUAGAGACCAUAAAUGAAGAGAAUCUAAAGACGGUUUCCUCACAGUUGAGGCAAUCGAUGAUUGCUGGAUCGUCUUCUGGAAAGGUUAUUGGGAUGGAUUGGAGCAGGAAAGCAGGAGAACCAGAAAUUCCAUCUACUGUGGAUGAUUUUGAAGAUCAGCCAGUCGCGGAAUCGAGUGCUUUUAUAGUUGUUCAUGGAGCAGGCUCUUUUGGACAUUUUCAAGCUAGUAAAUCUGGGGUUCAUAAAGGAGGAUGGAAUCGACCCCUGGUCAAGGCUGGUUUUGUUGCCACCCGCAUAUCUGUUACGAAUCUCAAUCUUGAAAUUGUUAGAGCCCUAGCCAGAGAGGGGAUUCCUUCCAUUGGGAUGUCUCCAUUUGCAUGUGGCUGGUCAACUCGCGAAAGAAAUAUAGCCUCAGCUGAUUUGUCUGUAGUGGCCAAGGCUAUUGAAUCUGGUUUAGUUCCUGUUCUGCAUGGAGAUGCUGUGCUCGAUGACUUACUGGACUGCACCAUAUUGAGUGGAGAUGUUAUCAUCAGUCAUCUAGCAGCACACUUGAAGCCUGACUAUGUUGUUUUUCUUACGGAUGUUCUUGGUGUGUAUGAUCGUCCGCCAUCAGAACCCAAUGCAAUACUCCUGAGAGAAAUUGCUGUGGCUGAAGAUGGGAGCUGGUCUGUUGUGAGGCCAACACUUGAGGACAUGAAAAAUCAAGUUAAAACAAGCGUAGCAGCCCAUGAUACAACUGGUGGAAUGUUGACCAAGAUAGCAGAAGCUGCAAUGAUUGCAAAGCUAGGGAUCAAUGUCUAUAUUGUGAAGGCAGCCACAAGCCAUGCGUUGAGGGCGUUGAGCGGUGAAUUGAAAGGCGAAAUUCCUGAUGACUGGCUGGGAACAUUAAUCCGGUUUUCAAGUAAAUGACCAUCUGAAGUUGCAGAACAGUCAAGAAAAAGGCAAACUUCUGGUACUGCUUCCAAUGAACUUUACUAUAACUGAUUGAUAUGUACUGUAUCUUUAUUUCUGUUGGUAUCUGAGUCGGCAUCAAAAUGAUAAUGAGUUAGGAUCCGCAUAAUCAAUUAGUUCACAGCUGGGAAUUUGGAAUGCCAGCCUGUCUACCUGUUUGAUAAG